AUGGGCGUCAACGACGUGGCCACGCUGGUGCUGGAGGACAAUCAGGGCAUCACCUACGAUUUUUACACGUUCCAGAGCGUAAUCGUACCGCCGCUAGAGCACGCCGGAGAAGUAUGGGAAGGAAAUAAGAAGGUAGUGAAAGAACUCACGGCGGCGCAGAUGAAAGCAGCGAAAAUCAUCCUAGGAUGCUCCAGGCGCACAAGUAAUGCAGCCGUGAGGGCAGAAUUGGGGAUCCAAUCCCUACGGUCGGGAAGAGACGCGAGGAAGCUGACCUGGCAGUAUCGCAUGUGCGGGAUGGGAGAGGAGAGGUUGCCGAGGAUUGUAUGGGAGGCGAAGUGGGCAAACAAAAAGAGGGGUAGACAACCCACGGAAUGGGUCAAGGUUGUAGAGGACGUAUGGAAGGGGCUCGACAUCGACGAAGAUGAAACGCUGGAAACGGAGGGUCUACAGGGGUUCAAGGAGAAGAUAUCUGUUGCUUGUGCCGAAAGAGAAGAACAGAAUCUAAGAAAAGAAGGAAUAGGGUUCAAGGAGUACCCACAUGGACCAAUGGAUGCAGGAACAAUGCUGAGGUCAAAUUCAGGACCGGGGGACAUAGGCCUUCGAGAACGUCGACGAAGACAUAGGACGGUAGACGAGGAAGACGACGAGUUCAAAUGUGAUUGCGGCUUCGAAUGCGAAGACCGUGUUCAUGUAGUCGCGGAAUGUCCGUUGUACAAGAAGGAGAGGGAAGUGUACGUGACUGAGCUGGGAAAAGUAGAUGGCACGUACAGGGAGAUGUUUGAGGCAUGGAAUAGAGAGGAUAGGACGGUAGCUGACGAGGCGUUGGCUGAACGGAUGCUCGAAAAAGUAGACAGCUUCAUCCGAGAAGCCAGGCAAGGCGGCAACAGCAACAGCAACAACUUAUCAUCCCAUGGGCGCGGGGCGGGGGCGACGGAAAAGGGCACCGCCGAGCAGGCUCCGCUGGAGCUGGAGGUCCACUACGACGACAGCUGGCUGGACGAGAUGGCGUGCGGUUUGUUCUUGGUGAUCGCGCUGGCGCUGAUGACCCGGCCGUACGUGGAGGUGGUUGAGUUUGACGCGGAUUCUGGGGCGAUGGCCCUGGACAGGUGGAACCUGUUCAACUGCGGGGUGUUUCGUUACUCGUGCGCUCUGGAGAACAUCAGCAAGAUCGAGAUCACCGAGGGGAACGUGUAUAUGAUGUCGGCGCACGCCUUCGAGCACCUACGGCAGACCAAGGAGUUCGGACUGCGGGUGAUCUUCUCCGUGCCCCUUGGCGCUAGCCAGGAGACCACAGCACAUCCCCGGUCCCCCCGGCCUAGUAACGCCGCCAUGAACCUCUCGGAUACCGAUGGCAGUAGCCCCAGUAGCGACGGCGAUGGAAUUAGUGGUGUUUCGGGUACCGUCGGCGGUGCGCCGGUGGCCCGUGGGACCGCUCGGCGUGCAGUGGGGGCCCCGCGACGAAGAAGAUGGGGGGUCUUGUUUCGGAGACUGCUGCUUUGUGGGAGAGCGGGGUGGUGUUUUGGGGGGCGUGGGUGGUGGAGACGACCAGCGGCGAGGGGCGUUCUCAGCACCUCGGGGGAGUUGAUGUAUCUGAACCUCUUGUUUGGGAAGAAGGAGCUCGACGACCGGAAUCUGCGUAGGCCCGUCGAGAUGGUGAACGAGCUGCUUCUCCGGUUUGCCAACGAUGUGGAGGUGGAUGGAGGCGAGAAGAAGGAGGGGAAUUGCUGCGUGUGCUUCCGGCGUCGCUCUCGCGUGGUGAUGUUCCCGUGCAUGCACAUGGCCACGUGUCCGCAGUGUUCGGAAAGCCUCGCUGUCUGCCCUCUUUGCCGUGCGAAUAUCUCGGAGAAGCACACCGUGUUUCUCUAGGAAGGUGCUGCGCGCCUGCGACGGCCGGGUUGCCACCGUCGUACGUACGUGAGUCGGCAAGGGGAUCUACUAGUCCGUCGCGUGUGUGCCUCUCUCUCAUAUGAAACCGUCUGCAGUAGUGGAAGAUUCCGAGGUUUUCCUUCAAGGCUUCUGUGUUUCCUGGCGGUCGUGCUGACUCUUGCAUCUGCUGAUCGUUGAUCCGCGAGGGAAGUGUGCAUAUUCUGGUCGAUGAGAAGGGCGUGCGUGGCGGCUUCCAUCCCAAUCGGAAUCGCACCCGUUGUUAGAAAGUGUAGUCUAAACAUAACCUCACAGAAAGACUUCCCGUUCGAGAUAUAACCUCAGUCGAAAGGGAUGUGGUGAAGUCUUUUCAGUGAAACGCGUUGAAGGGGAGGGGGAUACAUAGGAUAGUAGGUUAGGAGUGAUACUGAUGUACAGCGUUGGAGUUCAGUCUUUCUUGUGUGUAACGUAUCAUCGAGGCAAAUGAACAGGCGGCGAUCAGCACAGCAGUAGAGUUGCAGUCAAUAUAGGUAGAACUUCCCUGUUUUUCUUCGAACGGUGUGUGUCGAAGAGUGUUGUCGAGACCGUUUGCAGCGUGUCUCAGCCAUGUUGUAGAGCAUCCUUCAUGAAAAGCAGUAGCAGCAGCAACGAGUAGUAGUCGAUUGUAGUGGAUCUUAUCUGGUACACGACGAAAGGGAUCCGAACGCCGGCUGCUCCGAACACGAUGGGAGUUUGGCUGUAGGGAUAAAGCGUGAGAGUGUGCAAAGGGGGCUUCCCUGACCGUCUACCCAAUGCAGAUUGGAGACCAUCGACGUGUUGUAUAUUCACCUGGUCAAAUGACGCCAUUUGAUGUGAGAAAUAUCAAAAUUUUUCAAUCACCCAACCCCAGAGUGAAAAACAAUGGAUCCGAAGGCAACAAACUGCCCAAGUAACCAUUCACAAGGGGGAACACAGUGCCCAAUGUCCCUUGAAAUAUCUGAUGAAACAAUAUCUUCUAAUCUCAGAUCAUAUGACGUCACACGACCAGGUCAAAUUUUCUUCAAAAUUAAUUUCUAAAUCUAUAGGUUUUGUUUUGCACGUUACAUUCCUUCCUUCCGGAGAGAAUUCUAACAAAACCAUUGAGUUCCAUUCAACCAUCCUCAUGUCUCUUGAAGUACGUUCAAAUCAAUCCUCACAUCUUGAUCGAUACCACAGCAGUGGCUACCCGCGUUGAUACCAACAUCGUUGGUUAUCUGUACUUCCAUCGACAAAAUACAUCCUAUCAUGUUGCUCCUACCUCUACUCUUAUUCUUACCGUUAAACUUCAUGAAUCAACCCCAUGACGAAUGAAUACGGUACCAAAUCUUGUGCUCAGGCUGUGUCUUAUCAGGCCGAAAAAAUACGUGACUUAUUUUACCGAACAGUAACUUUUUUCACGAAACCGUAACUAGGGUUUCCAGUGGUUCUUAUCGGCAGAAGGCGCGAAGGUGCAUAUUUUUUCAAAAUUUACGGAAAGCGCCACGGCUCGACGUACAUCCUCCUCGUCGAUAGCUCGCCGACGGCGCUUCUCCCGGCGUUGCGCUGCGAUCCCCCUGGGAUCUUGACGCUUCCCACGCUCAGGCAUGGUAGUGGAGUUGCCUUGGGAAGCACUUUGGGGUGUUGUUGGUGCUAUCUAGGUGUGGUGUGAUGAAGACAGCACGCGUGACCGGUGUCUGCUCCGGUAGUCGCAAAAAAGCGGGAAAUUUUUCACCGAACAGUAAAAGGAGCAAGCCCCCAAAAAAUACGCCUUGCUCUUUUUACGGAAACGUAGAGGAACGCCUCCAUAUAUUUCAAGAAAAUACGGUUUCGUAACCAAAUACAUACGCAUUUUUUUGGCCUGAUAAGAC